ACAUUGAGUAAUUAGGGUUAGAGGUCAUAUUAUAGCUUGGGUUGGAGAGUUACGUUUCAUAUAUGUUAAGACUGCAAUAAUGUAACUUCUGUGUUUUUUUUUUUUUCCCCCUCAAUGUAACCUAAUCAGAGAAAAGAAAUACGAGUAAUUUGAGCGAAUAUAGCCAACAUAAAUUUUCGAUCUCUAUCAGCCUAUGGUCCAUUCAUUUGUCUUCCAUUUUUUCGCUCCCUCUUGCCAGCUUAGCCUCAAUAAAGCCAGCUUUUAUUCUUUCACAUUCUCUCGUACUCCUAUAUAUAUACUUCUAUAUAUAUAUAUAUAUAUAUAUAUAUAAACUCACAAACAAAUCUCUAAUAUCAGGUCAUAUCACGGUACUUUCUCGUCCCCGAAUGCAGUAGGAGAAAUCCGACGUACCCUUCUCUGGCACAUAGCAUCUCCAUAAAAAAAAAUGGAAAUUCUUGAAGCAUCAAAGAAGGGUAUGUUGGUUUUCUUCUCUCAUUCAUAUUCAACCAUGUUUGGAGGCACCGAUUUCCUCCUAAAACCCAUUUUUGUACGUGGGUUUUCUGGUUUUUUACAGCUCAUUUUGUUGCUUGGUCUUUUAAUUUCAUGGGUCUGCAAGAAAAUAAAGAAAUGUCCCAGACAGGGUACUAAAAGCACCAGGUUUUUGUAUUACAAACCAACUCUGUUUUGUUCUGUGGUUCUGGCACUUUUUAAUGUUUUUCUGUGUGCAUUGAACUGCUUUUAUUGGUAUAGAAAUGGUUGGUCUGAGGAAGAGAUUGCGAUCCUUUUGGAUUUAGGACUCGGAGCUCUUGCUUGGAUAUCAAUUUCUGUUUACUUGCAUACCCAAUUCUCUAAUUCAGGUGAAUCUAAAUUCCCAUUAUUAUUAAGAAUUUGGUGGGGUUUAUUCUUGUCAAUAUCUUGUUAUUCCCUUGUGAUAGACUACUUUGAUUACAAAAAUCAGCAGUCUUUAUCAAUUCAGCUUUUGGUGUCUGAUGUUGUUUCGGCUCUUACCGGCUUGUUCUUCUGCUAUGUUGGAGUUUUUGGUAAGGAUGAGAGUGAAGAUGCACUUCUUCGAGAACCUCUUUUGGGUGGUGAAACUAGGGUAACUAAAGGUGCCACAUCUGAAGCUGCAAGCCCUUAUUUAAAUGCAAGUGUUUUUAGUAUCCUUAGUUUCAAUUGGUUAAGUCCUUUAAUUGCAACUGGUUAUAGGAAAACAAUAGACCUUGAGGAUGUGCCUGAUAUUGACAGUAGUGAUUGUGCCAACGAGUCCUUUCUAAAUUUCAGAAAUAAGCUAGAGUCUGGUAAUGGUAGUAGUACCGUAACUACAAGCAAGCUGCUGAAGACAUUAUUUAUAUCAACAUGGAGGCAAAUUAUAGUAACAGCUUUCUAUGCAAUUGUAUCCACAUUGGCAACUUAUGUAGGCCCGUACCUUAUUGAAACCUUUGUUCAAUACCUUGAUGGACAACAACAUUUUAAACAUGAAGGCUAUGUAUUGGUUUCUGCAUUCUUCUUUUCAAAGAUUGUCCAGACAUUGGCACAGAGACAAUGGAACUUUACGUUGCAGCGGGCUGGAGUGAGGACUAGGGGGGCACUGAUUACCAUGAUCUACAAUAAGGGUUUGACCCUUUCAUGCCAAUCGAAGCAGAAGCACACUAGUGGGGAGAUGAUCAAUUUUAUGACUGUUGAUGCUGAGAGGGUGGGUGACUUCUGUUCGGUCAUGCAUAAUCCAUGGUUGAUGCUUCUGCAAAUUGUUUUGGCAUUACAUAUUUUAUAUAAAAGCCUUGGGCUUGCUUCAAUUGCUGCAUUUGUUGCCACAAUAGUUAUAGUAUUGUUAAAUGCUCCAUUGGGGACAUGGCAGGAGAGACUUCAGAAUAAGUUAAUGGAAAUAAAAGAUAUAAGGAUGAAAGCAACCUCUGAAGUCUUAAGGAACAUGAGGAUUCUCAAGCUUCAGGGGUGGGAGAUGAAGUUUUUGUCUAAAAUUGUUGAGCUCAGGAAUAGGGAGGAAAGAUGGUUGAAAAUAUUUUUAUACGCUGAAGCCGUGAUGAUUUUUACGUAUUGGAGUGCCCCUACAUUUGUGUCUGUGGCCACUUUUGGGACUUGUGUGCUUGUGGGCAUCCCACUUGAAUCAGGGAAGAUUCUUGCUGCACUCGCAACGUUUAGAAUACUUCAAGUGCCUAUGUCAUACCUUCCCGAGACGAUCUCAAUGUUAGCUCAGACUAAGGUUUCCCUUGAUCGUAUUGCCUCAUUCCUUAGCCAAGAUGACCUGCAACCUGAUGUUAUAGAGAAGCUUCCAAGAGGCAGCUCUGACACAGCAAUCGAGAUAGUUGAUGGGGAUUUCUCCUGGGAUGUAUCUUCCCCCAAUCCAACAUUGAAAUCUAUAAAUUUCAAAGUGUCUCAAGGCAUGAAAGUUGCUGUUUGUGGUACUGUUGGCUCAGGAAAGUCGAGCUUGCUCUCCUGUAUCUUGGGAGAAGUACCUAAAAUAUCAGGAAGCCUUAAGCUCAGUGGGACAAAGGCUUAUGUUGCUCAGUCCCCCUGGAUACAAAGUGGAAAGAUAGAAGAUAAUAUACUGUUUGGAAAGGAAAUGGAUAGAGAAAAGUAUGAGAAGGUUCUUGAAGCAUGUUCCUUGAAAAAGGACCUGGAAAUUUUUGCCUUCAGUGAUCAGACAGUAAUAGGCGAAAGGGGAAUCAAUUUGAGUGGUGGUCAGAAGCAGAGAAUACAGAUUGCACGAGCUCUAUACCAAGAUGCUGAUAUUUAUCUAUUUGAUGAUCCAUUUAGUGCUGUGGAUGCUCAUACAGGAACCCAUCUCUUUAAGGAAUGUUUACUGGGGCUUCCUGAUUCAAAAACAGUGAUUUACAUUACUCAUCAAGUGGAGUUCUUACCUGCUGCAGAUCUCAUCCUGGUCAUGAAAAACGGCAUGAUCACACAAGCUGGAAAAUACAAUGAUAUCCUCAAUUCGGGAAGCAAUUUUAUGGAACUUGUAGGUGCACAUAAGGAAGCUUUAUCCGCACUUGAUUCGGCUGGGUUAAACUCUGAAAAAUUAACUAUCAGCAAAGAAGGUAUAGGGAGUGGUAAAAAGGUUGUUCACACAGAGGAUAGUCAAAAUGGUAAAGCAGAUGAUGCCAUGGAUCCAAAAGGACAGCUUGUUCAAGAAGAAGAAAGAGAGAAAGGUAGAGUUGGUUUUCAAGUCUAUUGGAAAUAUAUCACUACUGCAUAUGGAGGUGCUCUUGUGCCCUUUAUGUUGUUGGGACAAAUUCUCUUUCAGCUACUUCAAAUUGUAGCAAAUUAUUGGAUGGCAUGGGCAACUCCCGUAACAAAGGAUGCGGCUCCUCAAGUUGGAAUCUCUACUGUCAUGCUUGUUUAUGCAGCUUUGGCGUUUGGAUGUUCCUUAUGCAUUCUUGCAAGAGCCGUGUUUCUUGUAACUGCUGGGUAUAAGACAGCCACACUACUCUUCAAAAAUCUGCACUUGUGCAUUUUUCGUGCACCCAUGUCUUUUUUCGAUGCUACCCCAAGUGGGCGAAUCCUUAAUAGAGCAUCUACAGACCAAAGUGCACUGGAUUUGGCCAUUCCAUUUAGUGUUGGAGCAACUGCAUUCAAUACCAUAAACCUCCUUGGAAUUAUUGCAGUAAUGUCACAGGUUGCAUGGCAGGUCUUUGUCAUUUUCAUUCCUGUCAUUGCAGCAUGCAUCUGCUUACAGCAAUAUUCCCUACCUUCAUCACGAGAACUGUCACGGUUGAUUGGAGUAUCCAAAGCUCCUGUUAUACAGCAUUUUGCUGAAACAAUAUCAGGAUCGACUACUAUUAGGAGCUUUGAUCAGGAAUCAAGAUUCAUGGACACAAAUAUGAAAUUGAUAGAUUGGUAUUCUCGGCCAAUGUUUUACAGUGCUGGUGCAGCCGAGUGGCUAAGCUUCCGUUUGGAUUUUUUGUCUUCUAUGACAUUUGCCUGCUCUUUAAUUUUCUUGGUUUCUAUUCCACAAGGAGCAAUCAAUCCAAGUCUUGCGGGGUUAGCAGUGACAUAUGGGCUCAAUCUGAACUCAAUGCAAGCUGUUGUCGUGUGGCUCAUUAACAAUACGGAGACUAAAAUGAUAUCCGUUGAAAGAAUGCUACAAUAUACUUCUAUCCCAAGUGAGCCUCCUCUCACAAUAGAAGCAAAUAUGCCAGACAAUUACUGGCCAUCACGGGGAGAGGUUGAUAUUCGCGAUCUGCAGAUCCGAUAUGCCCCACACUUGCCACUUGUGUUGCGAGGUCUUACAUGCACUUUCCCUGGAGGAUUGAAAACUGGAAUUGUGGGGAGAACUGGCAGUGGUAAAUCAACUCUCAUACAGUCACUCUUCCGCCUUGUUGAACCAGCUGCAGGUCAAAUCUUGAUAGAUGGUAUUAACAUCUCCACAAUUGGACUGCAUGAUUUACGAUCUAGAUUGAGUAUCAUUCCUCAGGAACCAACCAUGUUUGAGGGGACAAUACGGAACAACUUAGAUCCGCUUGAAGAGUACACGGACGAAGAGAUUUGGGAGGCUCUUGAUAAGUGCCAGCUUGGAGAUGAAGUUGGGAAGAAGGAAUGCAAGCUUGAUUCAUCAGUUGUCGAGAAUGGAGAGAACUGGAGUAUGGGCCAAAGGCAACUGGUCUGUCUUGGCCGUGUGCUUCUCAAGAAAAGCAAGAUCUUGGUGCUUGAUGAAGCUACAGCAUCAGUUGAUACAGCAACUGACGGUUUAAUUCAACAGACCAUUAAGCAACAUUUUUCCAACUCGACUGUUUUAACCAUUGCACAUCGGAUUACAUCUGUAAUUGAUAGUGACAUGGUCCUUGUUUUAGAUCACGGACUUAUUGAGGAAUAUGAUUCUCCAACAAAGUUGCUGGAAGACAAGUCGUCUUCGUUUGCAAAGCUUGUAGCAGAGUACAGCGUGAGGUCAAAUUCUAAGUUUGAGAAGUGAACAAGCACUUGAAGACCUUCCUAGGCACCAUUCACCUUUAAAUUGGAUGAUGUUGAUGAUGAAAAAUAUGGUGGAAAGUCUUUUCUAAUUUAGAUUGUUGUGUUAUUUUUGAAGUAUAGGGAUAUGGAAAAAUCAAAGUAAUAGGUGAGGUAUAUAUUCUGUGCAAGAUAUAGAGGUAUGUUCUGUACAAGAUAUAUUACUAGGGAUGAACACUAUAUCUUACAACAAAACCCAACGUGUAUUGUCUUAAAUUUUGAGUCAACAAAAUUACACUUUGCCAUAAAUUUUCCUAGUGUGUACUUAUAAACAAUCAAUAUAUAUUUAGGCAAGAUUGACCAAACU